AUGGCUGAAGAACAACCCUGUUGCAGCAGCGGCUAUCCUUUUGCCUGCAAAGGAGGAAUAAGCACCCUGGAGAGGAGGCAUUCGAGCAUACCAGACACAGACAGCUAUUCUAAACCCUGCACUUCCAGCGAGGAUAGUUUUGAGCUGCAAAGCAGCACAGGGUCGGAUGCUAAAAGCUUUGAUCAAAGCAAAAAGAAAGGUGAAGGCUAUCCAUCCCAUCGAUUAAAACACAGCCGGAAAGGGGGUGAAAAAAUCCAUCAUCUAGAGCUCUCUUCACUCUACGCUGACAAAGCAGGGAACGCCGGGCAGAUGUUGCAACGCCAAAAGGUGGUGCCAAACAGAAGUAGUUCAUCUGCUUCUGACCUCAGCGUUGUCAGUCGAGGUUCCUCGAGUUCCUUGUCUGUCGCGGAAGAGAAAAUUGAAGCCAAACUCAAAUUCUCUCAGUUCCUUAACGAAGUUACAUUCCGAGUGCUUGACCCUGUGAGCCUGAAAGCCUUCAGAGCUGCCAAGCUGAAAAGCAGCCUAGGCUCUGGUGGGAGAAGUCUUGACGAUUUGCGUAUUAAAAAGAAAGCCCACCAGAGCCGGAAAACAAAUGCUCCGGUCCAAAAGUCACCUCAAGAAGCAGACCUUGAGAGCUUGAGAAGCGACGACACUGCUGCCAGUGCACGGCGGCGCAAGCUUGAGAAAUCAUUGUCUUUAGACACUGACCCCUUGCUCGUGCGACACAGUAAUGAAAUUGUGUGUCAUGUGAGACCUGCUCCACCGGGAGAGACCUUUGUUUCACAAAGCAGUGAAAUGCCUGUGAGAAAAUCUGCCUCCUUGUCUCGAAGUAUCAGCACGGCCUCUGCGGCAGAGAUGGAGAAGAUCAGGGUACGAAAUUCCUGGGUGCCAACCUGCCUAUGGCAAUCUAGAAUACUGCAGGGCAGGCUCGCAAAAUCUUCACCUACCCUCUGGGACAGCACGCUGCAAGAACAGAAGGGGGAACUGCGCAAGCGUCUCUCCUACACAACCCACAAACUGGAAAUGCUUGAAACAGAAUUUGAUUCUACGCGCCAAUAUCUUGAAGUAGAACUGAGACGCGCUCAGGAAGAACUUGAAAAAGUGACAGAAAAACUGAGAAGGAUCCAAAACAAUUACCUAGCCUUACAAAGAAUUAAUCAAGACCUAGAAGACAAACUGUACAGGAUGGGUCAACAUUACGAAGAAGAAAAAAGAGCUUUAAGCCACGAAAUAAUAGCCCUCAAUAACCACUUAAUAGAAGCCAAGGUGACAAUUGAUAAACUGUCCGAAGAUAAUGAGCUCUAUAGAAAGGAUUGCAAUUUAGCUGCUCAACUGCUCCAGUGUAGCAAGAAUUACGACAGGGCGCAUAAACUUUCUGAGCUACCGUCUGAAUUUCAGGAACGCGUGAGCAUCCACCUGGAGAAGCAUGGGUGCAGCCUUUCAGUACCUCUGUGUCACACCUCAUUUGCAGACAACAUCCCAACUUGUGUCAUUGCUAAAGUACUAGAAAAGCCUGACCCAAACAGUCUGUCGUCACGCUUGUCAAGCCCAUCUGCUAGAGACCUUGCCUUCCAAGACUCAGUUGGGAAGCUUGGCCCAAGGCCUCAGUAUAAGUCUGACAUCUACUGCAGCGAUACAGCCCUUUACUGCCCUGAUGAGAGAAGAAGGGAAAGGAGACAGAGCGUUGAUAUGCAGGUUAAAGAUGUUGGCUUUUUGAGGUCCCAGAAUUCCACGGACAGCACUGUGGAAGAAGAUGGUUUCCAUUCCAGCUUUUCUCACGAAGCUUUCCCAGAAUACGUUACCUCUUUACCGACAUCUAGCUCCUACUCCAGCUUCAGCGUAACGUCAGAGGAGAAGGAGAAUGCCCAAGCCAGCACGCUGACUGCCUCCCAGCAGGCGAUUUACAUGAGCAGCCGUGACGAGAUGUUUGAAAGAAAGCCAUCUUCAGGUUACGACCACCAGGGGAGUCCCCGGUUUGCCAAGUCGAAAUCCAUUCAGCACAUGGAGUUGGCUGACGACAAUGAAGACUCCCCAACCUUCACCAGGACUAUGUCGCCUUAUUCGAACGAGCCUUAUCAUUUCUCGGCCAUACCUACUCAGCAAGCUAUAGCGUCUCAGAAAAUGCGUAGUGAGUGCAGGAAUACCCACCUGUCAGAAGAGGACCUGCCUGGCCGGUGGAGGCAGCUGAGCGUUGAGGAUAUUGGGGCGUAUUCUUACAGAAACAGUGGCAGGCUUUCACCCUGCAGUUUUUCAGAGCAGUAUUAUAGGAGCCCCAUAAAGAAAGCGGACAGCCGGUCAAGUCCCAUUUAUGCUAGUUACAAGGCAGACAGUUUCUCGGAAGGAGAUGAUCUUUGUCAAAGCAGGCUUGUGGACUCUUGCUUCCUGAGAACAGACAGUGGCUUGAAUAUUGACAUCAGUGCUAGUUGUCAACAGGACAAGCUGGCCUUGUACAAAACAAAAGAACCGAGAGACAAAAAAAAUGAAAGAAUCACAGUCCAGGUGUGCAGUAGCAAAAGUAUUGAAGGCAGCCCGGUGUUGAAAAGAGAGUAUGUUGAUGUUAGCCCCAACAGUUCAGCCGAGUCUCUCAACCAGAGUUCUAUGGAGGCAUCGGAGAUCCACCAGUCUUCCAUUGAUCAAGGAAGCCAUUCAAGCAUUCAUAGCAAACAGCAGCAAUUCCAACGGACUGGAAGUACCGGCUUGAGUCGGAAGGAUAGUCUCACAAAAGCACAACUGUAUGGGACUCUCCUAAACUAA